GUUAAAUGAAGAAAAAUAAGGAUCAGAAGAAACGGUAUUUUUCUCGAUUGUAUGAUUUAUUUAGUGAAUAUAAGUCUAUUUUUGUAGUGAAUAUUGAUAAUGUUGGAUCGCAACAGAUGCACAAGGUUCGGCAGGAAUUAAGAGGAAGUGGAGUGAUUUUUUGCGGAAAAAACACGAUGAUUCGACGAGCAAUGCAUGAUUUUUUAUAUGAUCUUCCUUAUUUAGAGACAUUGCUUCCUGUGGUUCAUGGAAACAUUGCAUUUGUAUUUACGAAUGAUGACUUAAAGUCAUCUCGAUCUAAAAUUAUGAAAAAUGUUGUUUCAGCGCCAGCUAAAGCAGGUAUAAUUGCACCAUCCGAUGUUAUUGUUCCGGCAGGUAAUACGGGUAUGGAACCUGGAAAGACAUCUUUUUUUCAAGCACUUGGUAUACCUACAAAAAUUGCACGGGGUACCAUUGAAAUUAUAAGCGAUGUUCAUCUCAUUCACGCUCAAACAAAAGUUGGUGCUUCUGAGGCUACUUUUCUGAAUAUGUUAAAUAUUUUACCUUUUACAUAUGGAAUAACAAUUCUUCACGUAUAUGAUCAAGGGGUUUUAUUUUCGCCAUCUAUUCUUGAUAUUACAGAGGAAGCCUUUAUUGGAUAUCUCAAAUCAGCUAUUCAGAAUGUAGCAAGUAUAUCAUUAGCUUUGAAUUAUCCGACGAUUGUUUCAGUAUUGCAUAGUUUGGUUAAUAGUUAUAAAAAUCUUCAAGCAGUCUCUAUAACUUCAGAUUAUAUAUUUGAAGGAACUCAAAAGAUUAAAAAUAUUCUUGAAAACCCUGAUGCUUAUGUUGUUGUGUCUGCACCUGUUAUUGAAUCUGAAGCACCUUCCAAAGAAGAGAAAAUAGAAGAGGAAGAUGAAGAUGAGGAUAUGGGGCUUAGUCUUUUUGAUUAAAGAAACAAAAUUAUAUAUAUUUUUGAGAAAUAAUUAUCGAGUUACGUUUUCAAUUUAAUAUUAACUAAUUGG